UUGACAAAGCUGGCUAAAUAACUGGGUAGUUUGCCCCAAUCCUUGACCUCUGGGCCAGUGAGGGCUACUGAAUCCAGUCUGAGAUCAAAAAGCAGCCAAGGGUUAGGUAGAGUGCUCCCUAGGUAAAGACCGGUUCCCCACCCUUGCGUAUCUAUAGCAAGGAGGCUUGCUACACAUUGGGGUAGUGUCCAGGGGAUGGCUGGCACAGGGGGCCCUGACCCUACUUCAGCCAAUAAAGCCAAGGUUGGUUGUAGGGGUUGGCUGGUUGAAGGAAAGAAUCCUGGCCUGGCUAGAGCCAGACCUCUGUCUAGAGGACUGGACUGGGCAACUGGUUGUCUAAAUAUAGCCGAUCCUCUAGUAGUGGGUGAGAUUGGACAAUAGACUGUCUAGUUGGACUGGUUCCCAGCAAGGGGACUGGACUGAAUGAGAAGCCCUCCCGAGGCCACCACAUGGUAAGAACAUCGCUUUGUUUUCUGUGUGUAUCGUAAGUCCUAGUCUCUGUUCUUGAUACAAUUGAAGCUUCAGUCUCUGUUCUGUGUGGUCUCAUCUGUCCUAAUGCUCUUGGAAACCCUUGCUGCAACUAUGGGCACGGAUCGAGCACAUAAAAGCCACUAGGGCACUCACCACUGGAACACCCCUGUGAAAGGAUAAGUCAGUCACAGGCCAGGGUAGAUGAGCACUAGGCACGCUGCUGACUGGGAACAAAUGUCCGCGUAAGUAGGCACACUGUAAAACGCUCCAGCCGCCCAGUCCCUGCUGUAUUCCCUCUGUCCUUUAGCAUGUAGUCAAGAAUCCAAGAGCACAUCUUUUGUGUUGGUCUGUCUUACCCCAGUUUGCCAUCCCAGGGUAGGGUACCUGUCUGUCAGGUUUCAGGAAAAUCACUUUGUCUGGCUGGGGAAAGAAGACGACCUCCAAAUCGUCCGAAGUCCUUGGGUCCUUGUAGCUGGUUGUACAGAGAACUGGACACAUGCCAAAUGGGAUUUGGCCUCCCUGCUCGAUCACCUGUAACCAAGCAGGGACAAGCCCUCUUUGAACAGUCUCCUUGAAUGCUGGAGAGGCCCUCUGGGGCAUAACUCCAUGGGCCCACCAUACCAGAGUGAAAACAGCACCUACACCUAAGGAAGAAGUUACUGAGCCGUCCACUCAAAGCACCUGUGAACCUGUCACAGACCUUAAGUUUCUUUUCAAAAGGACUAACUUACCAAUAGAUAAGUAAUGUGGUGGGCAGGCUUAGCAGUUGGCCUUGUCAUUGCUAUUGCCUCACUUCGCUUCUGCUGUUCUGCCAAACUCCCUCCCUCUGGCAGACAUCUCCUCUGUCCAUGCUGGAUAUUGGGGAUAUUACCGUUGGAAGCAGGAUGAGUAGCCAUUAUUGUCUAUUUUUUCUUCUCUGCUCUUACAACUGUCCACAUGGAAUGGGAAUUCAGUGCAAUAGUAAAUUUCUCACGGAUUAUAGCCCGUGGACAAAGUCUAUCCCAGUGCUGGUCUGUCACACCCAUCCACAAAGUGAUGCCUAUGGACUAAAGGUAUUACAUUUUACCCCUAAGAAUGACAACCUCACUCUCACCUUGGCUAACGAGUCUGCUAAACCUUCCCCACUUGAAGUUCAUAUCCCAUCCCUAAUGCAGCUUCCCUGCUUGGACCUCACCCCUUGCAUUAACAUCUCUAACAAAUACAAAGCCCUCACUCUAAAGUGCCGUCACUGUAACCAGUCUCUGUCUCGCUGCCACUGCCCCUGUCAGCAGCCCUUACCAAAGGGAGGGACUUGCAGUAACACCCGGGGGCUGCUCUGGACUCUGUUCACUGCUUCUUCCAUUACCCCACAAUUUAAGUGCCCCGGGACUGACUCCUAUGGAAAUCUCACCCAUUGGUGCCCUCUGCACGGACUCAAUGAAUACACACAGGGACCAGAUGGGAGAUGUACUUAUUGGGGAGGAAAGACACCGGUUGUCUGGGGUUUAGUAAGUGGCCCUCCUGAGGUCUGGGGAAAAGCCACUAGUCCAGAAUCCCCCAGUGACCCCUGCUAUGCAGGUGGGCUUCUCUCCCCACACUGCAAGGGCACCCCCUCUUGGGCUAGCCAUUUACAGAGGUGGUUCAGUUCCUCAGAGGUGCACCAGGCACGCAUGCCCCCUGGGUAUCUGUUCCUUUGUGGCCCGAGAGUAAACCAACUACCGCAUCAGAACAACCCCAACGCCUUCCCUUUUCCAGGGUGGGCUCUAGCCUACCCUUGCUUAGAUAAUGCCGAAUUUGUGCGUAAUGCAUGCUAGGCCAGCUAAGUUCGAGGAACCUAGGUAUAACCAUUCAUAAUAUCACCCAGCCCCAAGAUACAAGGGAAAUAGAACUCACUCUGGCAGGAGUAGGGAUUGCUCUUGGACUGGCCGCCUCCUGAGGAGGUUUUGCAUACCAUGAAAUCACACUACAAAAUCUCACACGGGCCCUUGAGGACUUGUCUAAAACUAUAGGGGAUGCCUUACAAGGACUCUGUACUUCUCUGGACUCACUAGCAAAUGUUGUUCUUGACAGUAGGCAAGCCCUUGACGACCUCCUGGCUGAGCAAGGGGGAGUCUGUGCAGUUAUGAAUGAAACCUGCUCCAUGUAUGUCAAUAACUCUGGUCAGAUUGAGGUCAACAUAAAAGAGAUAUAUGAGCAAGCUCAAUGGUAACAUAGAUAUAACACACAAAGUCCAGAUCCAAGCUCCAUCUGGAAUAUGGUCAAACAGCCUCCCCAGCUUAACCUGGUUUCCUCCAUUUCCUGGCCCACUAUGCUAUUAUCCUCUGCUCAUCUUCGGGCCUUGCCUGCUUAACUGCCUUGUCAACUUCAUUAGCAAAUGGCUUGAAGCCAUCAAACUUCAGAUGAUACAAACACACGGGUACAAGCAACUGGGACUACAGCCUGGUGACAUAUUUUAGGCAACACAGGGAACAGUUCUGCUCCUCUAAUCCAGGGGAAAACUAUGCCCAUGUUCAGCAGGAAGCAGCUUCAGAAGGCAGAGCAUUGCCCUUCAGCACCCCUCAAGAAUGAGGAGCAGUAACAGAAAAGGGGGGAUUUUGUUGCCAGAGGUGUGCCAGUUCUUUGCUCAAAACCCACAAACCGCCACUUGAACAGGAAUUAACGUGUAUCUUUAAGUCGCAGGGUCUGGAGACAAAAGAAGGAAGCUAUAGGAAGAGAUAAACGCCAGAUAGAACCAGCUGGAACAAAGGUGGCAACGAAUCUGACCUCCAGCAGACCCUCAGUCUCAUUCUACUGAGUUUACUACAUUGGCUACUGGAUGACACACCUACUGGUGGCCCUGACUGGAAGAUACGGACCAAGAAAGGAUAAAAAGGGUGUGGCUCCCCUUUCCAGGAAAGUCCUGCCCCUUCCCUAGACUAAUGCAUGUGCCCCCCCAUCAUUAGCCUCACUCCUCCUGCAUUUGUCUUUACUCUUUAAGAUCAAAUCCCUCUUACCACAUGGGCAAGAUGAUCUGUGAACUAAGUUCCCAAUUCUUCAUUCUUUGGCCACAGAAUAGAACUUGAGCUGCGUCAAUCUCA